UCUUACCUGGGGGUGGAGUUAGGCGUCUGUCUAAUAAUUGAAGAUUAAUUAAAAAAUCACCAUUAAAUCACUGAAUCUGUCAUUUAAUCGAAACGUUGUGACUCCUCAGCUGAUUGAAUCCUCGAAGACAGGUCCGGCCAAUCGGCCAAGAUGACGGCUGACAAAGUGACCCUGGGCGAUGCCUUAUCGAACGUCGACGUUCUGGACGAAUUCACCCUCCCCGACGAGCAGCCCUGCAUCGAGGCCCAGCCAUGCUCAGUGGUCUACCAAGCGAAUUUCGACACAAACUUCGAGGAUCGCAACGGCUUCGUCACAGGAAUAGCAAAAUACAUCGAAGAAGCGACAGUUCACGCGAGUCUCAACGAACUCCUGGAGGAAGGCCUUGAGCAUGCAGUGAUGCUGUACACCUGGAGAUGCUGUUCGCGUGCUAUUCCCCAGCCAAAAUCCAACGAGCAACCAAAUCGCGUGGAGAUCUACGAGAAAACCGUGGAAGUUCUUGCCCCAGAGGUCAACAAACUCCUGAACUUCAUGUACUUCCAGCGAAAAGCUAUCGAGCGCUUUUCCGCUGAGGUAAAACGUCUCUGUCACCAGGAGAAACGGAAGGACUUCGUCUCCGAGGCCUAUCUACUCACCCUUGGUAAAUUUAUCAACAUGUUCGCUGUUCUUGAUGAACUCAAGAACAUGAAGUCGAGUGUUAAAAAUGAUUACUCCACGUAUCGCAGAGCAGCUCAAUUUCUCAAGGUGAUGUCGGACUCCCAGACCCUCCAGGAGUCCCAGAAUCUCUCCAUGUUCUUGGCAACUCAGAAUAAAAUCCGGGACACGGUAAAGGAGAACCUCGAAAAAAUUCCUGGCUACGAGGAACUCCUGGCAGACGUCGUCAACAUCUGCGUUCACAUGUUCGAGACGAAGAUGUACCUGACACCCAACGAGAAGCAUAUGCUGGUGAAGGUGAUGGGAUUCGGAUUAUUCCUGAUGGACAGCGAGCUAUGCAACAUCAACAAGCUAGACCAAAAAAAGAAGAUAAAGAUAGACAAGAUCGACAGGAUCUUCAAGAACCUGGAGGUGGUACCUCUAUUUGGAGACAUGCAAAUUGCCCCCUUCAACUACAUUAAACGCUCCAAGCACUUCGACUCCUCGAGAUGGCCACUCUCAGCUUCCUCCAACAGCAUGAGCCCUCAGGCAGAUUUGAUGGUGCAUCUACCCCAGAUCCGAGAGGAUCACGUCAAGUACAUCUCCGAGCUCGCCAAAUACUCAAACGAAGUCACAACAACAUACAAAGAAUGUGGAAGUGACUCUGAAAAUCGUGACACUGCUGAGCUAGCUCUACGAGGACUCCAGCUGCUUUCACAAUGGACGAGUGUUGUCACUGAAUUGUACAGCUGGAAGUUACUCCAUCCAACGGACCACCACAUGAACAAAGAGUGCCCCCAGGAAGCUGAAGAAUACGAACGUGCGACACGUUACAAUUACACAGACGAAGAGAAAUUUGCGUUGAUCGAAGUCAUAGCCAUGAUCAAAGGUCUCCAGGUGCUGAUGGCUAGGAUGGAGACAGUCUUCAUUGAUGCAAUCAGACGAAACAUCUACGCUGAACUCCAGGACUUUGUUCAGUUGAUGCUGCGAGAGCCUCUGAGGAAAGCUAUAAAGAACAAGAAAGAUCUCAUCAGAAGUAUUAUUGUUUCUGUAAGAGAGACAUGUGCUGAUUGGCAUUUUGGGGUUGAACCACUGAGUGAUCCUGCCCUCAAAGGGAAAAAAGAUCCUGAUAAUGGAUUCGGUAUCAAAGUACCGAGGAGAAAUGUCGGCCCUUCAUCAACUCAACUCUACAUGGUCAGAACAAUGCUGGAGUCCUUGAUUGCAGACAAGAGUGGAGGAAAGAGAACUUUAAGAAAAGAUAUCGAUGGACAGUACCUAGUUCAAAUUGAUCAGUUCCACAAGACGAGUUUUUACUGGAGCUAUCUCUUGAACUUCAGUGAAUCCCUCCAGAACUGCUGUGAUCUAUCACAGCUGUGGUACAGGGAGUUCUAUCUCGAGAUGACGAUGGGGAGAAAAAUUCAUAAGUGUCAGGUACGUCAUCAGCAUAAUGAGGAGUGCAGUGAUCUGAUUACCAUGGAGAAGAGAAUUCAGUUUCCCAUUGAAAUGUCGAUGCCCUGGAUUCUGACUGAUCACAUUCUGAAGAGCAAGGAGCCCUCGAUGAUGGAGUACGUGCUGUAUCCUCUCGAUUUAUACAACGACAGUGCUCUGUACGCCUUGACAAUCUUCAGGAAGCAGUUCUUGUACGACGAAGUUGAGGCUGAAGUUAAUCUGUGCUUUGAUCAGUUCGUGUACAAACUAAGUGAGCAGAUAUUCGCUCAUUACAAGCAGUUGGCAUCGAGCAUUCUCCUUGAUAAAAGAUUCAGAGUUGAGUGUGUCGCACUGGGUGCUUAUCUGCUGCCCUAUCCACGUGCCAAUCGUUAUGAAACACUUCUCAAACAACGGCACGUCCAGCUGCUGGGGAGAAGCAUAGAUCUGAACAAAUUGAUCACCCAACGGAUCAACGCUGACAUGCAGAAGUCACUGGAUCUAGCUAUCUCCAAAUUCGAGUCUGGGGACAUCACUGGUGUCGUUGAGCUAGAUGGUCUUCUCCAGGUGAAUAGAUUGACUCACAAAUUGCUGAGUAAACAUCUGGCACUUGAUGAGUAUGACGCCAUGUUUCGGGAGGCCAAUCACAAUGUUCUUGCUCCAUAUGGGAGGAUCACUCUUCAUGUAUUUUGGGAGUUGAACUACGAUUUUCUGCCGAAUUACUGCUACAACGCUGCAACCAAUAGGUUCGUCAAGUGUCGAGGAAUUCAGUUUGUCCAGCCUGUUCACAGGGACAAGCCACCGCAGAUGUCUCAUCAUUAUUUGUGGGGAAGCAAGCAGCUCAAUCUUGCUUAUAGCACGCAAUUUGGACAGUACACUGGAUUCGUUGGACCCCACCACUUCAGGAUGAUGUGCAAACUGCUGGGGUAUCAGGGAAUUGCUGUUGUCAUGGAGGAACUCUUGAAGAUUGUCAAGAGUUUGAUACAAGGGAGUCUUCUACAGUUCACAAAAACCCUGAUGGAAGCCAUGCCUAAAGUCUGCAAGCUUCCCAGGUAUGAUUAUGGAUCUCCAGGUGUGCUGGGGUACUACUCUGCUCAGUUGAAUGAUAUUGUUCAGUAUCCUGACGCUAAGACUGAGUUGUUUCACAAUUUUCGAGAAUUUGGGAAUACAAUUCUCUUCUGUUUGCUGAUGGAGCAGGCGUUGUCCCAGGAGGAGGUGUGCGAUCUUCUCCAUGCAGCGCCUUUUCAGAAUAUUUUACCCAGGCCUCACUGCAAGGAUGGGGAGAAACCUGAGACCAAGCAGAAGAGGCUAGAGGCUAAAUAUGCAGCUCUUCAAAUUGUGCCGAAUGUUGAUAAAUUGGGAACUGCUAAGCAAGCGAUGAUUGCUAGGGAGGGGGAUCUUCUCACCAGGGAGAGGCUCUGCUGUGGACUCAGCAUUUUUGAAGUGGUUCUCAGCAGAUUGAAGAGCUUUCUUGAUGAUCCCAUCUGGGUUGGACCACCUCCUGCUAAUGGAGUUAUGAAUAUCGAUGAGUGCACCGAGUUUCACAGGCUGUGGAGUGCUCUCCAGUUUGUAUAUUGCAUUCCUGUCGGCGAGACUGAAUUCACUGUUGAGGAACUCUUCGGGGAGGGUCUUCACUGGGCUGGAUGUGCUAUGAUUGUACUUCUCGGACAGCAGAGACGGUUUGAGGCUCUCGAUUUCUGUUAUCAUAUACUCAGGGUGCAGAGGGUCGAUGGCAAGGACGAGAAUGUCAAGGGAAUUCAUUUGAAAAGAAUGGUGGACAGAAUCCGGAGGUUCCAAGUUCUGAACUCGCAGAUAUUCGCUGUGCUGAACAAAUACUUGAAGAGUGGAGACAGUGAUUCAACGAGUGUUGAACACGUCAGAUGUUUUCCACCCCCGAUUCAUCCAUCCCUUGCCCACACCCAGCAGCAUUAUCACGCCCCCGAGUACCUUCGCCAAAUGAAUCACCAAUAGAUUAAUCUUAAUUUAAUUCUCUACUAUUUAUAACUCGAUGCACUGGUAUGAUAACUAACGCUCAACUACACUGAUAAAAAAAUUUAUUUGAGGGUAUUUUGUUCUGCCCCCUUUUAGCCAAAAUUGCCGGUUUUUUUUCGAUUUCUGACAAAUUGUUGAUAAAAUUGGAAAAAAUACGCCAUUUUUCACAUUUUAUUUAAUUUCAAUUGUCCAAUGACUCCCAAAAUGUCAUGAUUUUACAAUAAUGUCAUGCGUUUUUUGUAAACUUUUCAAAAAUUUAUAAAAUUUUAGAGAACAUUUCGGGAGUCAUGAUGAAAUAAUUAUAAAAUUCAAAAAUUAUAGAGUUUUUCGAGCCUAUCCGAUCAAGAAUUCGUCAGAGAACUCAGAAAACCGAUCGGUAUUGAGUACUUUCCUCGAGUUAAUCGAUAUUUAGGAAAAAUAUAUUGUUUUGUCAGUGUAUUAUUGAAAAAUUUGGAAUUUCUGAUGUUUCAAAAUAGGAGAAUGGAAUCAAUUCAUCAUCAGUUCUCCAAAUUUUUUUAUCGAGUGAAAGAAGAGAAAUUAACAGGAAUAGGGAAGAAAUUAUAUUGAAGUUUUCUAGUAAUAAUAUAUGCAAUAUAUCAGUAUAUUACCUUAUGCCAUUUUGUAUGAACAGUUGUAGUACUUGUAAUGAAGAUAAAUGUCGUAAUUUAAGAAA